GGCAUUAUUAGGGUUCUAGAAUGAACGACAAGGCAACCUUGGUGUAUACCAAACUAAACUCGACCACCAGGUUCCCUUUCAUCCAUUCAUCCAAUAUUUAAAGCCAUAACCAAAGCAAUUAGAGAGAGAGUGAGUGAGAGAGAGAGAGAGUUCCAGUUCCCAACACAACACCGUCUGUUUCCUCAUCUCCAAUUCCCCAUUUCUGUUCUCUCUCACACCAGAGACUCCGAAGCAGCUCCUAAAAGCCAGAGGAAUUUCAUCCAGAAAUUCUAUAUUAUAUAUUGUGUUUUUGAGAAUAUAUAUACACAUAUAUAAUAUUAGAUGGCGGUUACACCAUUUGGUAGUACAUCAGCUACUCAAUGGGGAAUUCGUCCUCACCUUAUCUCUAGAUCCAGUACCUUGGCCAAAUUUGCAUCAUCAGGCCACAAUGUUACAAGCAAGAUAAGCUUUAUGUCAGCCCCAAGUUCAACCUUUUUUGCUCGGGAUACCUUGCGUUUUAACAUAGGUUCAUAUCAAACUGUUAAUCGUCGAAGGGGAUCAAGGUUGAUAGUCAGAGCAGAUGCAGAUUACUACACCGUCCUUGGGGUGUCAAGAAAUUCUACUAAAUCUGAAAUUAAGAGUGCUUAUCGGAAGCUUGCCCGAAAUUAUCAUCCAGAUGUGAACAAGGAUCCCGGUGCAGAAGAUAAAUUUAAGGAAAUUAGUAAUGCAUAUGAGGUCUUAUCAGAUGAUGAUAAACGAUCCAUAUAUGAUAAAUAUGGGGAGGCAGGACUUAAAGGUUCUGGAAUGGGCACAGGGGAUUUCAGCAAUCCGUUUGAUCUGUUUGAGACGCUGUUUGAGGGCAUGGGUGGCAUGGGCGGAAGAAGUUCUUGGAAUGGAGCAGUUGAUGGUGAAGAUGAGUACUACAGUCUUGUUUUAAACUUUAAAGAAGCCGUUUUCGGAGUGGAAAAGGAGAUAGAGAUUAGGCGAUUAGAGAGUUGUGGAACUUGCGACGGUUCAGGGGCUAAACCAGGGACUAAAUCAUCAAGAUGUAACACUUGUGGUGGUCAGGGUCGGGUUGUCACGUCAACAAGAACUCCAUUAGGUAUCUUUCAGCAGUCAAUGACUUGCUCUUCUUGCAACGGAACUGGAGAAACUCGAACACCUUGCAGUACAUGUUCUGGAGAUGGUCGGGUGAGGAAAACCAAGCGGAUAAGUCUCAAGGUUCCAGCCGGUGUGGAUUCCGGUAGCCGUUUAAGGGUCCGAAAUGAAGGCAAUUCUGGAAGGCGUGGUGGUUCUCCCGGUGACCUCUUUGUUGUUCUUGAAGUAAUCCCUGAUCCCGUGCUUAAACGAGAAGACACCAACAUUUUAUACUCUUGUAAAGUGUCUUAUAUCGAUGCAAUCUUGGGGACUACAACUAAGGUUCCAACUGUAGAUGGCAUGGUAGAUUUGAAAAUCCCAGCAGGGACACAACCAGGAUCAACACUUGUUAUGGCCAAGAAAGGUGUUCCUCUGCUGAAUAAAAAGAAUAUGAGGGGCGAUCAACUGGUUCGAGUUCAAGUCGAGAUUCCUAAAAAACUUAGCGGCGACGAGAGAAAACUUAUCGAGGAACUUUCGGAGUUAAGCAAAGGUAAGACUACCGCCAGUAGGAGAUGAUAUUUUGUGGGAAGAAGAUGGAAUUUGUAUGGGACAUAAAUUUUCUUUUCCUUUUACGGAUGCUUCAUUCAUGACCUUGGUAUAUAUAGGUUAUUAUUACUCUUUACAGACAUAGGCGGAUAUGAAGAGAGGAAAUGUGUUUUUACAUGCUUUAUUUUUCCAUGGGGGUUGGGGAUUUUUAAGGAUUAUAUACUCAUUAUUUUCUUGGAUGUUGCUCUUUACCGCUGUUAAUUUUUGCUCUAGUACCAAUUUUGUCUGUUUUGUUUUUUUG